AUGCAGUUUGCAGCAUGGAAUGUAAGAACUUUGAUGGACACCAAGAACAGCAAGAGACCAGAACGCAUGACAGCAAUUGUUGGCCACGAACUGUCGCGAUAUAACAUCUACAUCGCUGCCUUGAGCGAGACCAGAUUUGCGGAAACAGGUGACCUAACAGAAGUUGGUGCUGGAUACACGUUUUACUGGAGCGGCAAGGGGAAGGACGAGCCUAGAGAGGCUGGCGUGGGCUUUGCCAUCCGUACAGCUCUUGUCAGCAAGCUUGAAACACUCCCGAAGGGAAUCAGCGAUAGACUCAUGACCCUGCGCAUCCCGCUGGCUGGCAACACCCACCUGACAGUCAUCAGCGCCUACGCCCCAACGAUGAUGUAUGCUGAUGAGGAGAAGGAAGCUUUCUACCAGCUUCUCAGCGACACCUCCACGCAAGUCCGGGAGAUGACAAGGUACUCCUGUUAG